CCUGUUCAGCGUUUCAUUAAUGGGGUAAAGCCGCUGAAUGAAGGUCUGCUAGUUGUGUUUGUGUGCUAAACAAAACUGAAACUAAUAUCCUACGAGCGCGUAUUUGCAGUGACUUUAGCGCGAUAUAUUUUUCUCACGAUGAAAAGGACAUGAUUGUAACUGCAACUGAAUAUUCUUAUUUACACAUUCUUUUCAAGAUCUCGCUUAUUUAUCUCAUUGAUCUGUGCAUGAAAUACUGCUUCUGCUUGUCCAAGUCAGCCAUCCGCGCAUUGAAACUCCCGCUCUCCCAGCAAGGCUCGCGCAUUCCGCUGCUUCUGUGUUUGACGUGUAGCUCAACCAAUCACGUUGAACAAAUUAGCCAACCAUAGCACGCUGUAGGCGUGUUUUUUUUUUAGGGACAAGCCUGACGAGUGGAAACUUUUACAGCACUUACCUUGAACAGGUUACACGUCGAAGUGUUGGUUUAAAAGUUUGGGGUUUUCACGUGGUGCACGCAGAGCUGCAGCAGGUAAGACGGCGGAGAGCUCAUUGAAGAGAAUGGACCGGGAUACCGGCAGCCAGGGCUGCUUGGAAAUCUGGACAGAAGAGCAUUACAGCAUUGUCCGCAAGUGCAAGGCUGCUUGCAGAACUCAGAAAGGAACCCAACAGAAGGAGGCUCUAAAGCAGUGUCACUCUGAACUGAGGAAGCUCCUUCAGAAGAUACAAGGCCUGCCCCCGGCUGUGUCCAGUGUGCCUCUGGAGCUGAGCGUACUCUAUAAUGCCUCUGUGCUGAAUCUUCGCCUGUCUGCUAACACCAGGGAGGAAGACCAGGCUGGGAUCACGCAGGCGCUGCUCAGAGCUCUGGAAGCCGCUGGCCGCCCCGGUACCGGCUCUGACCCCCUGCAGUUGUGGCGCUUGGUCCUGCAGUUGCUCAACUGGGAACACUGGGAGCAGUGGGAGCCCUCGCUGACCCGACUAGCCUGUGUGCAGUGGGCACACUGGCUCUGCACCUGCCAGCUUCAAUGUGUCAGGGAGCUGCUCCUGUGGCUGGCUGAGGCUCGGGGCUGGUCUCUUCCAGCUUGCCCUGGGUCCCCUCUGGAUGUGCAGAGUAUCCUGGUGGAGGAGAGCCAGUCCUGGGAGAGCAGAGCUGCCCCCGGGGAGGUGCUGAGUGCAGCCCAGUUCAGGGAGCUGCUCCACACCUGCACUGCCAUCACUCGGGGUGUGGAGUGGAUGGAAGCUGGGCAGUACCAGGAGGCGCUGGGGGGGUUCCAGCAGGCUGCAGUCCUGCCUUCUCCCAGGCCCCUCCAUGCUCAGCUUCUCACCCUGACCGGACUCUGCUUCCUCAAGCUGGGGAAGCCUCAGAGUGGGCUGCAGUGCUAUAGACAGGCCCUGGAGAUGGAUUUUGGGUGCCUGUGUGCCCUCUAUCAGAGCUGUGUGGUGUACAGACAGCUGGGAGAGGCAGAGGCUGAGAUUGAGGCUCUCGGGCUGCUCUACACUGCAGUGAUGUCGCCCGCACACCGUGACCCGACCUGUGACUCGGCCGCCCUGAUUGGCCCAGAAUCACUGCUCCAAAGCCCCACCCUGAUCUGUCUGCUCAGGAAGCCACAUCCUUCCUGCGUGAAGCAUUGUCUGGCACAGAGGAGCCUGCAGAGCGGCAGGACAGCAGAGGCAGUGGAGCACUACCUGGACUUGCUGGCCUUGUUCCAGGAGGGGGCGUCUCAGCGGGUGAUCGUAGACAACAGCCUGGCCUUCCCCAGAAUCCCAGAGCUGUACCUGGAAGCAGCAGUGUCCCUACUGAAGGCCAGGAGGUAUCAGGAUGCAAUCACAGUGUGUGAAGAGGUUGUCAGCAAGACAGGAGCCUUGGUCCCCGAGAGACUGACCCUUGAGUGCCCUCCCAACACGGAGCGCGACGGCCUCUGGGCCGGAGAAUCAGAGAAGAGAGAGAGUCUGAACUGUGUGCUGUGGACUGCGGCGGCCUGCUUCCUUCAAGGACAGGCCUUCACCCAGCUGAAGGAGGGCAAGGAAUCACUGUCUCAUUACAGCAGGUGUAUAAAUCUGUUGGUUAAGGUCCACGUUACUUAUUCAGAGCGGAGGGGAGGGGACUCUGAGAAGAGUGGAGUGCGGUCCCUGCAGAGGCUGAAGAGCCUGGCGUUCACUGGGAGAGGACUGUGCUUCCUGGAGCGGGCUCAGGACAGAGAGGCGCUGCACAGCUUCCAGCUCAGUGUGCAGACUGACCCAGGGGUAGUGGAGGGGCUGUACUGGCUGCUGGAGCUGCUCUGGAGGCUGGGGAGGAGGGAGGAAGCCCUGUCUUGCUGGAGGAGGUUUCAGAGCUGCACGGGGAGGUCGGCAGAGGAAGCAGCAGCAGCAGGACAGGAUCUCCAGGGAGACUACCCCCUGUACCUGCUGUCCCCCCUGCAGGGGGAUGCUCCUCGGGACUGGGAGGGUCUGAGCAGGAGGAUGCUGAAGGAAUGCAGCCCGCUGUAGAGCUUCUGCACCAGAGUGCUACAAUAUUAACAUUAGCCAUUUCCAAUUGUAAUAUUACAAGCUCCUGGAGCGCUGCAGAAAAGGGUAGUUAACAGCAUGGGUAACACGUUGGUUUAGGGGUCUGUCAGUUAUAUAUGAUCUAAAAAUUAUUGUAAUAUGUAUUUUUACAAGAUGUAUGUAACCACUUACAAACUGAAGCCCGUAAACUAAAGUGUUACCAAAUAACAUGCAUGGAUGUUCUCUAUGUGUUGUUGCAAUACUAAUAGUCCAGUGACUUGCAAUAAGCUGUAAUAGGCACUUACUAGGUUCCUGUAUACAGCACAGGACCCAGACAGAAAAUGUGUUUGCCAGUCACUUGAAACAACCACUGUGGGGUUCCAGUGCUACAGGAGCCCAGAUUAACUGUACUCAUCAAGGCAUGCAAGUUCAGGAGCCCAUGGUAACUACUCUGCACACUGGCUUCCUGAUUGCUCCAGCAGCAUCACCAAGUUCAUCCAAAUACUGCAUAAGAAUGUUGUCUGCAAUUUCAAAAGAAAUCUGUGUAAUCCGUGAAGGUCAUGUUUAGUAUUUUCAGAUCUGUCUCGGAUAUUGAUUAGAGGAUCAUGAUUGCUUCUCAGAUUACUGUUUCAGGAACCUGUUUGAGUUGUCUCUGGCUCUCUGUCUCUGUGUCUCUCUCUCUCUCUCUCCUAAUGCCCAUGAAAUAUUUAAUAUGCUUAAGACGCCUUAGGUGGAUGACUUGCUGUAAUGUCUGCUGUCAUUUUCUGCAGUAGCAGUGGUUUAUGAACAACACAUAAAUGAAAUGUAUGUGCAGUAGCACAUGUCAAAAACAGGUUUAAAGCAAAAAGAAACUUGAACACUAAUGGGCUGUGCAAGGGCCAGCAUUUUCUAUUUAUUUCUAUUUAGGAACGAACGCAUCUACCCCAAAUGUGCUGGUGGCUCACCUCAACAUGCUGGAGCCCCACACUGCUGGUCAGGGACGUAGUGAGCUCAAGUGCACAUCUGCCAGGCUGCUCUUUGUCCUCCAGGGGCCAGACGUUCCUUUAUCAAGCUCCUGGGUGGGAAGAGACAGUUGGCUUGGUGGUGGCAUCUAGGAUGACCACUGACCAUCAGUUCUCUUGAGCCGCUGUGAUGAGGGAACCGAAUUAGACAUUUGCUGCCUGUGGUUCGAGGAAUUUGAACCAGAGCUUGCAUACCUGCUACAGCCCACGCAGUCCCUAAAGCUCCAUCUAGUUCUAGAUCUAAGCAUCUGUGGGAUGAGCUGGAGUGUUGAAUGCAGGAGUGCUUGGAGGCAGCAGCAUCCCUGGCAUAACUGCGCAGUGCACUGUACAGGCUGGCUUUUCAGAGGAACCGCGUGGAAUCUACAGCCUGUGUUGCAGCUGUUAAUCCUUCAAAAGGAGGGACAAGCGAAUACGAGAGUGGGUUCUGAAUAAAAUGUAACCGGUUGAAAGACAUUAUCUGUUUGUUAGGCUGUAUCUUGAUUUGUACAAAUGUUGGAGAAUCAAUAAAUCAAACAAGCCUUUACUGUAUCUGG